AUGGAUCCAUGGAGUCCAGUGCGUGAGACAUGGCUGCUGCUGCUGCUGCUUGUCGCGGUGCUUCACACAUCAACAGCAGCCGCUCCCAUCGAUGUCCUGAAGGUCCUGGAGCUGUCGGAGGACAUGGAGGGAGUGUCGCUGGAGGCCGGGCUGUGCACCAGCAGGACGGGCCGAGAAGAAACUGACCUCUCCUUUAAAAUCGAUAAGAAGAUCCAACUGAGCGCUCCCACCAAGCAACUCUUCCCUGAUUCACCGUUCCCUAUGAAUUUCUCCGUGAUGACGACAGUUAAAGCUGUGAAAGGCUCACAGGUCUUUCUCCUCUCCCUGUACGACUCGCAGGGCACUCAGCAGCUGGGGGUGGAGGUCGGUCGGUCUCCUGUCUUCCUCUAUGAGGACCACGAGGGUCAGCCACCUCCUGAACUUUACCCCACCUUCAGGAAGAUCAACCUGGCUGAUGGCAAGUGGCACAGAGUAGCCUACAGUGUGGAGGGCCAGUCUGUGACCCUCUACCUGGACUGUGUCAAGCUGGACACGCUGGACCUGCUCAGGGGUCACGACCCCCACGUCAGCACCGAGGGAGUCACCGUGUUUGGAACUCGGCUGCUGGACGAAGACGUGUUUGAAGGGGACAUCCAGCAGCUGCUCAUCGUGGACGACCCCCGAGCAGCGGAGACGUACUGUCAGGACUACAUCCCAGACUGUGACGCAGCUCUGCCCUACGACAGCAUUCUGACGGAGGCUGAGGAGGUGGAGAGAGCGCCGAAGAAACAUGUGGUGGAGGCGUUUGAGGAGUUCGACUACAGCGACCUCUAUGAUGAUGGCUCCCUCUCCACGGUGACCGCCGGCCCGAAUGUCACAGAGUACGAGAUCGUGGAGUACGAGGACUACGACAACUCUACAGAUUUCUACCAGGUGAACGAGUACGAGGAGGAAUACGACGAGGGUUAUGGACCGGCUCAGAGAGAGCGGGAGUAUUCCCUCAACACGCAGAAUUUACCAGAGAAAGGACAGAAAGGAGAACCAGGCAUUUUGGGACAGGGCACGCAGAUCACAGGAGCCUACGGGCCUCCAGGACCUCAGGGAGAGCCAGGGUCUUCUGGCAUCACAGGACCAGUGGGACCUCGAGGAGACCCCGGGGAGCUGGGGCCUCCAGGGCGGCCGGGUCUGGAUGGAGCUGAUGGGAUCCCAGGACCCCCAGGCAACAUCAUGCUCAUACCGUUCCAGUCAGGAGGCGGCCCAAAGACAGGUGCUGUGGUUUCUGCACAGGAGGCGCAGGCCCAGGCCAUCCUGCAGCAGACAAAGCUGGCGAUGAAGGGACCUCCAGGACCACUCGGUCUCAGGGGACGACCCGGACCACUGGGUUCCCCCGGUUCCUCUGGGCUGAAGGGGGCCAAUGGAGACACGGGGCCACCGGGUCCUUCAGGAAUGCCAGGUAUCCCGGGUCAGAACGGACGACUUGGGAAAAGGGGUCGCUCAGGUACAGAUGGAGGCCGUGGUGCAAUCGGAGAAUCUGGAGCGAAGGGUGAUCGCGGGUUCGACGGCCUGCCUGGUCUGCCGGGAAACAAAGGACAUAAAGGGGACAGAGGUAAACCAGGUCUGUUAGGUCCUCCAGGAGAAUCAGGGGAAAAGGGCUCUGACGGGCCGGUUGGGCCAAGAGGACAGCCAGGUGAUGCUGGCUCCAGAGGUCUGAAUGGCCCCAGAGGUCGUGCUGGUCCCUCCGGCCAACCUGGAUCCCCGGGAGACACCGGAGCACCGGGACAACAAGGCAACCCUGGAAUAGUGGGUUUCCCUGGUCCUCAGGGGUUAGUCGGGUUGCCAGGAGAGAAGGGGCCUCAGGGGAAGAAAGGGAUGCAGGGCUUACCUGGAAACGAUGGACCCUCAGGUCAUCCAGGACGAGAAGGCACCCCAGGUGAAAAAGGCCUGCCGGGUCCUUCGGGGGUGCAGGGGCCUGUUGGGUAUCCUGGACAACGAGGGGUUAAGGGAGCAGAAGGAAUCCGAGGAUUAAUUGGAAGCAAAGGAGAGAAGGGAGAGGACGGUUUCUCCGGGGCCAAGGGGGAGAUGGGAGUGAAGGGCGACACUGGAGACAAUGGGGUUCCAGGUGGGAGAGGAGAAGAUGGACCAGAGGGACCAAAAGGUCAGACGGGUCCUCUGGGAGAGGGCGGCCCAUCUGGUAUUUCUGGAGAGAAGGGAAAACUGGGAGUUCCAGGGCUGCCAGGGUAUCCAGGACGUCAGGGGCCAAAGGGUUCUGAUGGUUUCCCUGGUUCAGUGGGAACUGCAGGAGAGAAAGGGAAAAAGGGUCCUGCAGGACAACCAGGAGGUGGAGGCCAGAGGGGUCCAAAUGGUGCACGAGGUGGCAGAGGAGCAAGAGGGCCGACGGGGAAAUCAGGAGAGAAGGGCGCCUCAGGUCAUGAUGGACCCGCAGGAUCUAAUGGAGAGAGGGGACCUCAAGGACCAGUCGGAAGGAACGGAGAGCCAGGACCUAAAGGAUCAAGCGGUCCAGGUGGGAAGGAUGGACUUCCAGGUCACCCAGGUCAAAGAGGAGAAGCAGGAUUCCAAGGGAAGACGGGACCUCCCGGCCCUUCCGGUGUUGUGGGGCCACAGGGCAAAUCAGGAGAGUCCGGCCCAACUGGGGACCGCGGCCACCCAGGGGCACCAGGGGUCCCUGGAGAACAUGGUUUACCGGGGGCUGCUGGGAAGGAAGGUGGAAAGGGUGACCCAGGUUUGUCCGGGACAUCUGGGAAGAGCGGUCCUACGGGCCUGAAAGGAUUCAGGGGGAGUCGAGGAGCGGCUGGAAUUAUGGGGCCUCCCGGUCUGAAAGGAGGAUCAGGACCUAACGGACUCCAGGGAGCCCUCGGGGCCUCAGGCGAGAGGGGCCCUCCAGGAGUCGCUGGGGCCAUCGGACAGCCGGGUCGGGCCGGAACUAUCGGAGGACCAGGACCAAUGGGAGAGAAGGGGGAGCCUGGAGAUAAGGGACCAAUUGGACCAGCAGGUCAGGACGGAGAUCAGGGAACUGUAGGAAUGCCUGGAGCUACGGGCCCUACUGGACCUCCAGGAGAUGACGGAGAUAAGGGGGAGCAAGGAGGCCCUGGGCAGAAAGGCAGCAAAGGAGACAAAGGAGAAGGAGGCCCCCAAGGUCCCAUUGGCACUCAAGGGCCUAUCGGUCAGUCAGGACUCCCGGGAAUGGAUGGACUGCUAGGUCCCCGGGGCCAGCAGGGCAUGUACGGUCCGAAAGGAGACGAGGGUCUACGCGGCUUUAAGGGCUCCAGAGGACCGAUAGGAUUACAGGGCAUGCCGGGCCUGCCAGGGGAGAAGGGUGAGAGUGGACAUGGGGGACUGAUGGGUCCACCUGGGCAACAAGGCCCAUCUGGUCCUCAAGGACCUGUUGGGGGUCAGGGUCCAACCGGGAGACUAGGGAUGAUAGGACAGCCUGGUGUUGGUGGAGAGAAGGGGGAGGAGGGGGAGGCCGGUGACCCUGGAUCUGUCGGUGUUUCAGGAAAGCUAGGAGAUAAAGGAGACUUUGGGGAGAAGGGAGACUCAGGCCCUCCAGGAGCAGCUGGGACUCCAGGAGCCAGGGGCCCUCAAGGCGAUGAUGGGCCUAAGGGCAAUUCUGGCCCUAUAGGCCUCACAGGUGACCUUGGACAACAGGGAGAAGCUGGACCCAAUGGCGUGGAUGGUCUGCCUGGCUCUAAAGGAGACACAGGGGAUCCUGGGAAAUCUGGACCACCAGGAGCAGCAGGGGAACAGGGACCAUCUGGACCUCCUGGACGAAGGGGCCACUUGGGGAAACAAGGGAAGGAUGGAAAGGCAGGCCUGAAAGGAGUGAAGGGUGCCCCCGGUUUCGAGGGUCCCAUUGGUAAAACGGGCCCCGUAGGUGCCCAGGGGCAAUCUGGCAAGUCUGGCCCCCAGGGUCUCAGAGGAAUUCCCGGCCCUGCAGGUGAGCAGGGUUUGAAUGGACCACCUGGACAGACCGGACCACCAGGUCCCAUGGGUCCAUCAGGAUUACCAGGACUAAAGGGAGACCCUGGCAAGAAGGGAGAAAAGGGUCAUGGUGGUUUAAUAGGUCUGAUAGGGCCACCAGGGGACAUUGGAGAGAAGGGGGACAGAGGACUGCCAGGAAACCAAGGACUACCAGGACCAAAAGGAGAUGAGGGUCCAGUUGGUCCAUCUGGUCCCAACGGACCCCCUGGCCUCACAGGCCUCUCUGGAGCUGCUGGUCUAAAGGGAUCUAAAGGAAACCAGGGUCCAAUUGGCCCCAGAGGAGACCUUGGUUCUAUUGGACCUCCAGGACCACCGGGUCGGCCAGCAACAGUGGCAGGAAUGGCGCCUCUUCACGAGGGCGGAAGGAGAAGGAGAACCCAGGCCUCGGUAGAUGGCGCUGCAUUUGAACAGGCGGAGGAAGAGGAGGGUGUAGAUAAUGGAGGAGAGGAGGAGUGGAUGCAGGGGGACCAGGCGGCGCAGGACAACUGGAUAAAGCAGAAGGAGGGUCAAGGCAUGGAGGAAGUGUUUGCAUCUCUGUCCUCUAUGAAGGUGGAGGUGGAGGGUCUGCGUAACCCACUGGGGACGUUCCACAGCCCCGCCCGCACCUGCAAGGAGCUGUGGUUCCUCCACCCUGAGCUCCCUGACGGCGAGUACUGGAUCGAUCCCAACCAGGGUUGCCAUCGAGACUCCUUCAAAGUGUUUUGUAACUUCACCGCACAGGGCGAGACGUGUCUGCACCCGGACAAGAAGUUCCAGUCGGUGAAGUUGGCUGCCUGGAAAGGGGAGAAGCCCGGCAACUGGUACAGUCAAUUCAGGAAAGGAAAACAGUUUUCUUACUCUGGGACGGACGGCGUUCCCAUCCACAUCGUUCAGCUGAACUUCCUGAAGCUGCUGAGCGCCACAGCCACACAGAGCUUCACCUACCACUGCCUCAACUCUGCCGCAUGGCUGCACACCGCCACCUACGGCCACGAACACGCACUGCGCUUCAGAGGCAGCGACGGGGAGGAGAUGACACAUGAGAACACACAUUACAUCAGUGCACUAUAUGACGGAUGUCAGACACGCUCAGGGCAGGAGAGGACUGUGCUGGAGUUCAAGGCUCCUGUCUCCACCACGCUCCCCCUCAUGGACGUGACCGUGUCCGACUUCGGAAACGGGAACCAGAAAUUCGGUUUCCAAGUCGGCCAGGUCUGCUUCAACGGUUAGCUGAGCCAGGGGGCGCUCACGGCGCGGCAACGUAAUUUAAUAGGAAAAAAUAGCAAUGGACAUUUUUUUUUUACAUGCAGGGAGAAAACUACUUACAAAGACAAAACAUGAUGUCAUAUAUUUAUAAGUCGAUUUACCUACAACAGUGUUCUUCAUCUAAACCUUACUUCUCUUAUUGACUCAGAUUCUUGAGUCUCAUAUAUUCAUCACAAACCUUCUCAUAGCCGACCCUGUGUUCUCAUGAGAAGUGCAUCCUGUGCCUCUUCCUGACUCCUCAGUAACCUCAGAUUUGAAGUGGUGCUCUCACUCAUCCAUCCAUGUCUGCUCCUGUAAUUACCAUCCGUGCACUGGAUUCCCAUCGAUACACAAUCAUACAUGAUCGUCUUCAGAAACACUAAAUUGCCUUUUUUCAGCAAUCCUUCACCCGUCAUGUCUGUCAUCAUCAAACCUCAAGUUGUUUUGUGUUAUUUUUUUUGUCUGUUGUUGUACUUUUGUUGUCGUAAUGAUCUGUUGUGAUGUAUGUUGGAGUGUAAGUCAUCACGGUGCUAUUAUGUAGCUCCCUGCAGAGUACAUUUCUUUGUAAAAGGGAACUGGGGCAGUGCAUUUUUUUUAAUAUAUAUAUAUAUAUAUUGUGAAGCCAUGUUUUUUAUAUAUUUUUUUUCAACAUAACAGAGAAAACUGUGGUACGUGAUUCCCUCGAGGUCUUUCUGUGCACCGUUGUGUGGAGGAGCG